CGUAUAUUGUGUUAUGCUUGGCAGUGUUAGGUUAGGAUGUAUUGGGCUCAGUUGGAUAGGUUAGGUUGCGUUGAGCUAAGUUAGGUUGCGUUGAGCUAGGUUAGGUUGCACUGAGCUAUGUUAGGGUAAUUUGGUUUCAUAAUCCGCUGGUGAACGGUGUUGUGUACUAAGCGACCUGUCUCAGUGUUGACAGUGGCGAGGAAGAUGUCGUCGAGGAGGCCCGAGCUGCAGGCGCCGCCUCAAGUGUAUUAUGGAGUUGAUGAAGCUCGCAAGUACACUCAAAAUUCUCGAGUGAUUGAAGUCCAAGAAAAAUGCACAGCACGCGCCAUGGAGCUGCUGGCCCUCCCAGAUGACACACCCGCCCUGCUACUGGACCUGGGAUGUGGUUCGGGCCUCUCUGGUGAAACCAUAACAGAGCAAGGGCACAUGUGGGUGGGCAUGGAUAUAUCUUCAGCCAUGUUAGACACAGCCCUGGAGAGAGAAGUAGAUGGUGAUAUGAUGCUUGCAGACAUGGGUCAUGGUGUUCCUUUCCGUGCUGGGAUGUUUGAUGGAGCCAUCAGCAUUUCAGCCAUCCAAUGGCUCUGCUACGCUGACACUGCCAACCACAAACCAGCCAAGAGGUUGUACAAGCUCUUCAUGUCUUUAUUUGCAAGCCUGGCUCGAGGAAGUCGUGCUGUAUUUCAGUUCUAUCCUGAGAAUGAUUCACAAGUGGAGCUGAUUGUGUCUCAGGCCAUGCGGGCAGGAUUUACUGGGGGUCUUGUUGUGGACUAUCCCAACUCAUCCAAGGCUAAGAAAAUAUACUUGGUGCUGAUGACAGGAGGGGGUUCACUACCCAGUGGCUUACAGGAUGACGGGAGCAACACCACUCAAGCACUCUAUCAACGGAGGGAACGCAUGAAGCAGAUUCGUAGUGGUCGCCAGCCAAAAAGAGUAUGGAUUUUGCAGAAAAAGGAACGGCGAAGAAAGCAGGGCAAGGAGGUGCGGCUUGACUCCAAAUAUUCUGGCCGGAAGAGAAGUGAUAAAUUCUAAUGUAUAAAUUUUUACAGUAAAUUUAUAGUGUACAGUA